UUUCAUUUGCUUGCUUGUCUUUCCUCUUUCUUUCUUGCCUUUCCUCGUUUCUCUCCCGUCUUGGUUGCUAUUCGGCACUUCAUCCCUUUCGGAACAACUGGACGUAUUUACACAUUACCCAUUCAUUCAAUUUUAUAUUGAUCCUUCUUUUUAUUAGUGUGUAAUACCCAACAGUCCUCCCUCUUGUUUCUCCCCUCUCACUCUCUCUCUCUUCCCUUCUCUAGUCAACUUUAAUAUUUGGUCUCCCCUCAGGCAUAGCGUGUUGCCAAAGCUCUAUCAACAUGGCGGAUAACUUCCAGAGCCGCAUCCAAGAGAUGACGCGAAAGCUACAGACGGAGCAACGUGUCAAGGAUGCCACCACAGUGAUGCGAACACGGCAUACCAACCCAGCCGCCAUCGCCCAAUGUGAGAUUACCCUGCAAGAAUCUCAGAAGCGUAUUGAUUAUCUUACAAAGGAGAUUGAAAGGUUGCAGAUCCGUCAGUCGCAUCAACAACAGCAACAGCGUAUUCAACAACAACAGCAUCAGCAGCAUCAACAACAGCAACAACAGCAACAACAGCAACAGCAGAAAAGUCUUAAUCAAUCGCAUAGCUUUGACUAUGCAUCGGUCUCUGACUCGAGUAUGGAUCCUAUCCUGACAGGCGAGGACGAGUACAAAGAUCGAGACCUAGUAUCCAACUCGGGUCAAUAUCUAGCAGGUGACUUUGGCCCAGUUCCGCUGAUCAUGCCACAGUCUCAACCACUGACGGUAUCGACAGUAUCGCUUGCUUCAGGGACCACAUUGAAUUCCCCUCAACUGGAAUCAGCCAUGCUGGAGCUACCAAAGAAACCAGCUUACACUAAUCUAGAUCUCUUAAAGUCAAGUACGCCUAUUACGACGGCAAAGAUUUCCAACAAGUUACGAGACCUCGCAUUCAAACUUGAUGUUGAAAAGAAAUUGAAGGCAGGCUCAGAACGUUUGGCAGUGCUAUAUAAGAAUGACCCGUCUAUGGGAGACAAAAAAAAUAGGGCUGGCGUCAACGGGGAACUAUUGGAGAGCAACGAAAAAAUCGUACUCCUGAAGCGGGCCCUCCAAAAGUACCAGCAGCUGUUUGUACCAGGCAUGGAAGAUGAUGACGACAGUGAGCCUAAGGCACUCAACAGAGUAGGUGCAGGUUUACGCAAGCCUAACACCGGUACACUCAAGAUCCGUGUGAUAGCAGUCAAGCAACAGAAUAAUGCACCUAUUAGAACGGUGAAGAUACCAGAAACGUUGUGCAUGAUUAAAGUGGAUGGUGUUCCCCGUGCUAAGACCCGACCAGCCCGAUCUGGGCCUCAGGGUGCACGAUGGAACGAGGAUUUUGAUAUUCCCGUGGAGAAGGCCAGUGAACUUGAGCUAACCCUUUAUGACAGAGCAGAAAAUCAUCUUAUUCCCAUCGGCUGUCUCUGGGUCAAAAUCUCAGAUAUUACAGAUGAAUUACGUCGUAUGAAAGUCAAGCUCGAGAGUGGUCCUGGUUGGGCACCAGCAGGAGUGGCAGGGCAGAUGAAUACAGACGAAAACGGACAAUUGCCUGACCCAUCUACUGGCACCUCAGGAUAUGGAGCCAAUAACAACAAUAAUCCCUCUGUUAUAGUUGAUGGCAUCGAAACAUGGUUCGAUCUAGAGCCAGUUGGCCAGAUCUGCCUCAAACUGAACUUUGUCAAGGACACAGUAGGUGUCAAGCGUUACCCAUCCCGACUUGGUCGUGCCGGUGCUGUUCGAAAGAAAAAAGGCGAAGUCAAAGAAGUCAAUGGGCACCAAUUUGCUGUCCAGCAGUUUUAUCAGAUCAUGCGAUGUGCUCUUUGCUCCGAUCUCUUUUCAGGAGCGGGAGCUCAGUGUGAAGACUGCAAAUACACAUGCCACCGCAAGUGCUUUGAGAAGGUCGUUACAAAAUGUAUAUCGAAAUCUAAGGCAGACAAGGAUCCUGAUGAGGAAAAGCUUAACCACCGUAUUCCCCAUCGCUUUGAGGCGUUCACCAAUUUGUCUGCAUCAUGGUGCUGCCACUGUGGAUAUAUUCUGCCGUUGGGCAAGAAAGGAGCUAAGAGAUGCACAGAGUGCAGUAUCACUAGUCAUGCGACUUGCUCACACUUGGUCCCCGAUUUCUGCGGUAUGGAUAUGGAGAAAGCAAACAUGAUUUUAAUGGAGAUCAAACGUGCAAAGAGACAUACAGCCGACAGCCGACUAAACCCUGCCUCAAACAAGCACCCGGCCAUUCGCCCCGGUCAAUUAGAAUCUGGUCAAUCUUCACCUGUGGAUGGCCGAUUCCCACCUGGCUCGCCAGACUCUCGUGGCUCUCAUAGACAGCCAACAUCACCACACUCUCCAUCUUCGAAAUACGCGUCUUUACCUAUCCAGCCGCAACAGCCAUCUUCGCCUCGUCAACCUCCUCCAAAACUACAAAUGCCAUCGCACAUAUCCAGUUCUGGAGAUACAUUUAUGGAGGGAACCACUGGUUUUAGCUCUUCUACUACCCUUGGAUCACUUUCUUUAAAACACGAAUACGAGGUAGAUGAGCCUGGUCAACUACAAUAUGAAAUUGAGCAGCAGAUGAUGCAGCAGCGACAGCAGGACCAACAGCAGCAGCAGUAUCAGCAACAGCAGCAGCGCCAGAAGCACGAGAUGCAUGAUAUGAUGCAGCAACCGCAUUAUCAGCAGCAACAACAACAACUCCAGGAGCAUCAGCACCAUCUCCAACAACAGGAGCUUGCACAUCAGCAACGUCUUCAGCAGGAGCAUCAGGUGCAGCUCCAGCAGCAGCAGCAAAUACAAAUGCAACAGCAGCAACAGCAAUACCAGAACUAUCAGCAACAACAGCAGUAUUAUCCUCAACAGCAGCAGCAGCAGCAGCAAUAUCAGCAGUCGCCUUAUGGCCAACAACCAUCACUCAACAUGCAGCAACAAAGACAGCAGCAUCAACAGCAGGCGGAACAGACGCCCAAUCAGCUGGUGAAAAACUCAAACCCGCUGCAGGUUGGUCACAAACCUCGUAAGGUUGGACUGGAUGAUUUCAACUUCUUGGCGGUUCUUGGAAAAGGCAAUUUUGGAAAGGUCAUGUUAGCGGAGGACAAGCUCACAAAGGGUCUUUAUGCUAUCAAAGUAUUGAAGAAAGAAUUCAUUAUUGAGCAUGAUGAAGUAGCGAGCACUCGAUCAGAGAAGCGCGUUUUUAUGACCGCGAACAAGGAGCGCCACCCAUUCUUGGUGGGUCUACAUUCAUGCUUCCAGACAGAGACACGUAUUUAUUUUGUAAUGGAUUACGUCUCUGGAGGCGACUUGAUGUUGCAUAUUCAGCGUGAGCAGUUUUCGGAAAGACAAGCUAAAUUCUAUGCAUGUCAAGUUCUUCUUGCCCUCGAAUACUUCCACAAGAACAACAUCAUUUACCGUGAUUUGAAAUUGGAUAAUAUCUUGUUGGCUUUGGAUGGACAUAUUAAGAUUGCUGAUUAUGGUCUUUGCAAGGAAGACAUGUACUAUGGAUCGACUACCAAUACGUUCUGUGGUACUCCCGAAUUCAUGGCGCCUGAGAUUUUGAGCGAGCAAAAGUAUGGUCGUGCUGUGGAUUGGUGGGCUUUCGGUGUUCUUAUCUAUGAGAUGUUACUGGGUCAAUCACCAUUCAUUGGUAAUGAUGAGGACGAGAUUUUCGAAGCCAUUCUGGAGGACGAGAUCUUGUACCCUAUCAAUAUGUCACGCGAUUCCGUUUCAAUCUUACAAAAGCUUUUGACGCGUGAUCCAGAGAAGCGACUUGGAAGCGGCAAAUCAGACGCAGAGGAGAUCAAGCGUCACCCAUUUUUUAAGGGUGUGAACUGGCAAGACAUAUUGGAGAAGAAGGUCCCGCCUCCCUUCUUCCCCAAGGUCCGAGGUCCAACCGACACAUCUAACUUUGAUGUUGAAUUCACUCGCGAGAUUCCUGUACUCACCCCUGUACAUAGCCAUCUCACCGCGCAAGAUCAAGCCAACUUCCAGGGCUUUUCGUAUGUCGCCGAGUGGGUUUAGAGGCAACGUCUAGAGAAAUUCCUUCUUUGAAGGGGGGAAAAAAAAGAAAAAAAGAAAAAAAAAUAAUAUAUCUAGUAUAAUACAAUAAACUAAACAUCUAC